AUGUUGAUGAAAUGUUUGCGAUUGAAGUUUUUUCUGCUUUUAUUAAUUUUGUCGUUGUUUGUUUUUUGUUUAAACAUUUUAAAAUACUCUGACAUUGAACGAAUUUCAAAAAGUUAUGGUGAGAAUGGAAGUGCAGUGUAUUUGAAUGAUCCUGAGGACAUUGAAGUGAAUGAAAUUCUUUAUCAGAAAACGGGAAUGUACGUUCUAGUGUCUGAGAAGAUUUCAGUGAAUCGGUCAAUACCUGAUACUCGACCUACGAUAUGUCACACCUUAAAAUAUUCAAAAAACCUUCCAUCUGUGUCAAUAAUAAUCAUCUUUCAUAAUGAAGUGCUUUCCAUGAUAAAGCGAACUCUUCAUAGCAUUUGGAAUCGAACCCCGAAUGUGAUGAUUCAUGAAAUUAUUUUAGUUAACGACGCAAGUACUGAACAAGAAACUUAUAAACCCUUGAGAAAUUACGUCGCAUCUUAUUUUGGUGAUAAAAUUAAAAUCAAAGAGUUGAAACAACGUAGCGGUUUAAUAGUGGCGAGACUUGAAGGAGCCAGAAUCGCUACCGGUGAAGUUUUAAUCUUUCUCGACUCACACAUUGAAGUAAAUGAAAAUUGGUUGCCACCUUUGAUAUCACCGAUUAAAGAAAACAAAAAAAUUGCGACUGUUCCAGUUAUUGAUGAUUUUAGUUCGAAAACUUUUGAAUAUUUUAAAAUGCCACCAACUCGUGGAGCUUUCGAUUGGACAUUCACGUUUAAGGAACUUCCAAUUGAUGAUGAAGACACAAUUGAACCAUUUCAAGUUCCAGUGAUGUUGGGAUGUGCUUUUGCAAUUGAUAGAAGUUUUUUCCUUAAUGAUUUACGUGGCUAUGACGAACAACUUGAAGUGUGGAAUGGAGAGAAUUAUGAACUCAGUUUUAAGCUUCAUUUAUGUGCUGAUGGAUUGCUUAAAGUUCCUUGUUCGAGAAUUGGACACACAUUUAGAGAAAUAAAUCCAACAAGAGUCACAAACCAUGAUUAUGUUGCAAGAAAUUUCAAAAGAAUCGCUGAAGUUUGGUUGGAUGAGUUCAAAGAUGUUUUAUAUUCUCGUGACCCCAAACGGUAUGAAACUGUUGAUGCCGGUGAUUUAAGUAAACAAAAAUCUCUCCGAAAACAAUUAAAAUGUAAACCUUUUGUUUACUUUCUGGCAAAUAUCGCUAAAGAUCUUGUUGAAAGAUAUCCACCGUUUUAUCAAGUUCCAGUUUUUGCGUCUGGCGUUUUGAAAUCACUUUCAAGUGGAGAUAAUUUCUGCUUAGUUGCAGACCAACAACAUGAAGCUUCAUUGAGAUUAUCAAAAUGUGACAACAAUUUAAUUGAACCGAAAAAGUUUCAACAUUUUUCUUUAACAUUCUUUAAGCAAAUUGAACAAAGUGGAUCCGAUCUUUGUAUCGAUUCAUUCAACAUGAGAUUGUUAGAUUGUCAUUACGAGGGUGGAAAUCAAUAUUGGAAGUUUGAUUAUAAAUCAAAAAUGUUAAUAAAUAAAGGAAAGUUUUGCUUGUCAGCAAAUGUCGAGAUGAAAACUGUCACGAAAGAGAUUUGCAAUGAAUUUGAUAGAAAUCAGAAAUGGAUGUUUGGAUAUUUUAAUCACACAGCGAUGAAUGAUUGGCAGAACAUCAACGGAUUUAGGAAUUUUAUCAACUUUAAUUCGUCUCAGUUUUAA